AUGGACUUUGCUGACCCUCUUCCACUAAUAGAGAGACCGGCGCACGUGCCCAAGGAUAUUGUCGAGGAAGUGGAACCUAGGUGGUCUUUGGAAACAUAUGGGUACAUUUUAAUAGCAGUGACUUGGCUUCUUUUCAUCGUAUCUAUAAAUCUGUUCUUUCAACUUUGGUCAUAUGUAAUAUAUCCAUGGUCGUUGUACCCCUCAACUCAGCUUCGUCAUGCCAAAUGGAAGUCUGCAUUUGAACAGAUAGACGUGUUUAUCGUUAAAGGGUGGUGUUUAUACGUUAUGUUAUGGUGGUGGUCUUUAGUUUCAUGGUGUAGUUUGAAAUUGUUCAGACAUUCCAAAGGUCUUCAAAGAUAG